CGUCGGCGGUUACUGGUUGCCGGUGAAACCACUAGGCAUCUUCUUCUCCGUCAUCUCUUCUUUCUCCAGAUGCAAAAGCUCCUUCCGCGGCCGCUCUCAACACCACCGCUCUGGUUCAUCUCUCGUUUUUUCUCUGAAACUGCUUACGACCCACCAUUCUCCCCAAUCUCCAAGCCACCAAAGCCUCCCAAAUCCAAACCCACCAAGAUUAACCAGAAACAUUCCGACUCCGCCAAAGCGACAAAACUGCCGCCUCUUAAAUCGGACCUUCCCUUCGACUUCAGGUACUCCUAUUCAGAGACCGACCCGAAUCUUGAACCAAUCGGGUUCCGAGAGCCUAAGAGGUUCUCUCCGUUUGGUCCAGGCAGGUUAGACAGGGAAUGGUCGGGGACCUCGGCUCCGAUACGGGCGGAGGUAGAUCAACGGCGGUUCGAGGAGGAGAGAAAUCGGGUUCUUGGCGAACCAUUGACAGAGGACGAGGUUGCGGAGCUAGUUGAAAAGUAUAGGCACAAUGAUUGUGCUAGGCAAAUAAAUCU